UCGUCCCGCCCGGUUCACAGUCGAAGGCCCUCGCUGGUCUCUUAGAGCGACUUAAACCCUAAACCCACACUAUUACCCGCUACCCGUCUUCUGCGGCUCCUUCCUUCCUCGUCUUCUCGACCUUCUUCAAUGGCCAGGCGUGCCCUCGCCUCCUUCCUCCUCAAGGCCCUCCCUUCGUCCUCUUCUCCUUCUGCCUCUUCACCUUCCAUCUCUCGCUUCCGACCCUUCCUUCUCUCCUCCGUUCAUCAAUGUCGUCGCCAAGAUCCAGUCAUCCAUUUCUUCUCCAGGCCCAAAACGACGUCCUCGUCUGGUGGGUACUCUCCAUUGAACGAUCCCUCCCCAAAUUGGAGCAACAGGCCGCCCAAGGAGACCAUCCUCCUCGAUGGGUGCGAUUAUGAGCACUGGCUUAUUGUCAUGGAGUUCCCGGAGAACCCUAAACCCUCCGAGGACGAGAUGAUCGCUGCCUACGUGAAAACCCUAGCAACCGUCGUGGGAAGCGAGGAAGAGGCGAAGAAGAAGAUAUACUCAGUCUGUACGACGACGUAUACCGGGUUCGGCGCGUUGAUUUCGGAGGAGCUUUCCUACAAAGUAAAAGGAUUACCUGGAGUUCUUUGGGUGCUGCCUGACUCUUAUCUCGAUGUUCCCAACAAAGACUAUGGAGGGGACCUCUUCAUUGAUGGGAAGGUCAUCCAUAGACCACAAUACAGAUACAACGAGAGACAGCAGACUAGAACUCGACCCCGCCCCAGAUAUGACAGGAGAAGAGAAACUAUGCAAGUCGACAGAAGGGAGACGAUAAGAAGGGAUUGGGCACCACCACCUAAUCCGAUGCCAACGGACGGAAGAAGCCCAUUGGAGGGGCAACAUGGAGAAUCUGCACCUCAGACCCAUGGACAGACAAGCGCAGAGGGUACGGGUAACGUUGCGCAAGGAGAUCAGAAUCCUGUGUUAGGAAGGGGGUCUUGAGCCUAAUCUGUUGCAUAAUGAGUUGGUUUUCCUGUAGCGGUUCCAGCAGAGUCAAUUUUGCUCAUCAUCAUUGGAGUAGGUCCCUCCCUGUAACUGUAAGUCUGUAAGUGCAUUUUGUAUUUAAGAACUGCAUCCACUUGGUGAAGAGGCAUUAGAAAAUGUCAUCCAAAUAGGUGUCCACAAUAAGCUUGUUUGACCUGUUAUAGAUCAUAUUGUUCAUCUUGAUACAUACUCCAUCGGUCUUACCAAUUGUGGUUGAAGUCU